GCUGGGUGGCCCGCUUUGGGUCUGGCGUCUUCCUCAUAGUACAGAUGUUGAUUCUUCUAGAUGCCACUGGACUUCUGAACGACAUCUGGUUUGACAAAAGCUCAGAGAAUAAGAUAUACAUGUACCUGCUGCUGGGAGCCACUGCUGCCUGUUACCUUGGCACAGUGAUAAUGGCAGUAUUUGGUAUCUACCUUUUCAAACCAAGUGGAUCCUCAUGCACACUGAACGUGAUGCUCAUCGUCUGGAGUCUGAUCCUCUCCAUUGGAUUUUCCAUAAUGUCCAUUCAUCCUGCGGUCACCAAUGGGAGUCUUUUUCCUGCGGGCAUGAUGAGUGCAUACUGCAUGUACCUGUGCCUUGCGGCACUGGAGAGCAACCCUCAGGGCGACUGCAAUGGCCUUGUGAACACAGCUGAGUCGGCAAGUGCUAUGGUCUUUGCCAUGAUGCUGACACUCGGUGCUGUCAUCUAUUCGGCUCUUCGUGCUGGAUCCAACACCUCCACCUUCUUCACCAGCCAAGAUGGCGAAGACGACUUGGCUGAGAGGCCCCUGCUUGAUGAAGUGGAAAAUGGCACAUCUGCUGAACUCGGCGAUGAGGAAUCUCAGGUCCCAGAAAUUCCUAUGGCUUCGCGGGAUGGUGUGGAUGUCCGGGCGAUGGAUGAAUUCGAGCCGGUCGCCUACAGCUACAGCCUUUUCCAUGCUGUUUUUGCCCUGGCUAGCAUGUACAUGGCCAUGCUCAUGACUUCGUGGGGAACCGGCGAAGGAGGGGCCCUCAUUGACGUGGGCUGGGCGUCAGUUUGGGUCAAGAUGGCCUCUCAACUGGUGACCGCUAUCCUGUACAUCUGGACGCUUGCAGCGCCUAUAAUCUUCCCAGAUCGGGAUUUCUCAUAG